GAAUCGAUUUCUGAUCGUACCUGCAAAUUUGUUGCAAAGUUUGUUUCUUUGAUGUUUUUUUACGCAGAAUGGAUUCCGAUGACCCAACUGACAAAAUCGAAGAUGACGACCAAUUUCUCGACACCCUCAACGAUUUCCCGCUUUACGAUUGUGUUUCCGAUGACGAAUCCGAUGUUACGACAUCAGAAGCGUCCACGACGACGACUCUCCGUCGGAGGAAGUUCUCUCAUCGAGGGGUUCACGUCGGUGAGUCUGAGGAUGGGAUUGUAGAAUGUUCAAUUACAGAAGAUUCGCCGAAGACGAGUUUUAGAGAGGAAAAAUGUAGUUUUUACGGUGAUUCGAAAGGGAAGGAGGAAAAUUUCGAGGUUAUUGAGUCCACUUCUGAGCGAGUGAACCCGUUUCGGGUUGCGGGAGAGGAAAACGAUGAGGAAUCUACCGUAACCACAGCAAAAGGCAAUGACCCAGUCGACAAAAUCGAUGAAUCAGCAGACUCGAGUUCGAGGGCUGAACUCAGUGAGUCGUCAUUUUCUUCAUCGAAUUGGCUUGUGUUUAUAGCUGGAUUAGUGAUAAAGGCAAUUGGGUUUCAAAUAAGUUUGCUAAUUAGUUUAAUUACCUUACCUAUCUCAGUAUCAUGUUUCUGCUGCCUGUUCAUUUUCAAUCCAUUUCAAGCAGUGAGACGUGUCAGAAAUUAUGUAAUGGCCAAAUUGAGUGAUUCAUUUAAUGCAUUUUAUGGUUAUGUUAGUCCUUUGAUUUCUAGGCGGUUAAAAGAGCAUCAAGUGGUGUGGAAGCUUGUGCUUCGAUUUGGGUGGGGGUUGUUCUGGGCUGCAUAUGUUUGCUGUGUGUUGUGUGGAUUAUUGAUUUCUUCACUAGUGAUCAGUGGGUUUUUGAUGAGGUCUUUGGUGGAGGAGCCAAUUGAGAUAAAGGAGAUGUUGAAUUUUGAUUAUACUAAGAAUAGUCCAGUUGCAUUUGUGCCCAUUUCAUCUUGUGCUGGUGUUCAUUGUGAUUCAAAUUGUAUGGAGAAGAUUGAAGUUUGGAAUAAUGUUGGAUUGCGGGUUAUUCCACCUGAUCACAAGUUGCAGGUUACCGUUUCUUUGACCUUGCCAGAGUCAGAGUACAAUAGAAAUCUUGGGAUUUUCCAGGUAAGGGUGGAUUUCCUGUCUGAUAAUGGUAAGAUCCUUGCCAGUUCAUGGCAUCCCUGCAUGUUAAAAUUCAAAAGUGAGCCCAUCCGCUAUCUGCUGACCUUCCUCCAGGUUGCCCCUAUACUUUCUGGCUACAUAUCAGAAUCCCAGAUUCUGAAUCUCAAAAUCAGAGGUUUGAAGGAAGGGGAGGUUCCUACUGCUUGCUUGAGGGUAGUGAUUGAACAACGAGCAGAAUACAGACCAGGCGCUGGUAUUCCUGAAAUAUACAACGCAUUUCUAAUCCUUGAUUCUGAACUUCCUUUUGUCAAAAGGAUUUUAUGGUAUUGGAAGAAAACAAUAUUCGUAUGGGUCAGCAUCACAACGUUUAUUAUGGAGUUGCUGGUUGCUCUAAUCUGUUGUAGGCCUAUGCUCAUUCCGAGAACAAGGUCAGCAGGAGGUUCAACACAAAAUGACGCAUUGCAGGGUUGAUGUUGCUAAUACAAGUAGAUUCUUUUUUUAUUUUUUUCUUUGGAUCAGCUGAAGCAAGUAGAUUCUCGCUAACCAAAUGGAUCACACUUGGUAUGGAACCGAGUUUAAUAUUUUUUAUUUUUUAUUUUUUAUUUUUUGUACUCAUAAAUGUAUUUUAGUUGUAAUUACUUGUACAAUAAUGCAAGCAAAGGUUCACAUCCAUACUAUAUUUGUGGGGAUACCCGUGAUGCUGUUCGCCUCUACUUUUCAGCAUCUGAUCAAGCUAGUUGAAGAACAGAAACCUCAUACCUUAGAUAAUCCCUGUGAUUGAAUCUUCCAUGGAUGACAUUUU